AUGAGCUCCGAAGACAGCUCGUACAGCUGCAUCGCGGAGACGCGCAGGAUCCUGGAUUUCCUGCUGUCCUUGCCGGACCGUGUUUCCCUCCCGGCAGAAGCGAUAGGUAAACGUGCACAUGUCCAGCUUACGGGCGCCAGGGACCGGCCGUAUUUCCCUAUCCCGUUUAAAGAAACCGAGCUGUCGGCGGCACUGAAAGCCGUCGAAGGAUGCGUCGCGUCAGCCCUGGCAGAUGAGAAAUUCGGCCAGCAGCAGGGCGGCAGACGCAUCGUCGUGGACCAGGAGAAGACCACGGCGUUCCUGUUCCAGGCGCUGAUGGGGGGGCUUGCUUGGGCGAGCGAGGCUUCAGAUACCGACCUGCUGCAGGCGCAGUCGAACCCGUACCGGCGCAUGUCUGCGAACCUGUACGAGACUGCUGAAAGGGGGGAGUAUUACCACAUCCACGGAUCCCUGGAGGCGUCGACGACGCUGAACAUGAUUGGGCUGGAGUCGCACCGGCCGGAUCUCGAGUCGCAUCAAGACAUUGUCGACACGAUUGAGCCGGCGGGCAGAGAGAACUGGCCGCUGCCACCGUGGUCGGUUGAGAAUCUGGAGACGCAGACGCCCAAAAUCCCGCUGCCUUGGACUGGCGACAAGCGGAUACUGUCUGGUGUCAAGGUCCUGGACUUGUGUCGCAUCAUCGCGGGCCCAACAAUCACGCGGAUCCUGGGAGAGUACGGCGCAGAGGUGCUCAAGGUGACGAGCCCGGCCCUGAGCGACGUGCCGUUUUUCCAGGUUGAUGGCAACAUGGGCAAGCGCACGGCCGAUCUGGAUCUGAAGACGGCCGAGGGACGACAGACGUUUGAGGAGCUGCUGCAGAGCGUAGAUGUCCUGGUCGACGGGUACCGGCCGGGGGCUCUGGAGAGACUCGGUUACGGGCCAAGGUCAAUGGCGGACAUUGCUGUUAAACGGGGCAAGGGCAUCGUGUACGUCAACGAGAAUUGCUUCGGAUACAAGGGCGAAUGGGCAGGCCGGCCAGGCUGGCAGCAAAUCGCCGACUGCGUAACGGGCGUCGCGUGGGAGCAAGGGCGCUUCAUGGGCUUGGACGAGCCUGUCGUGCCGCCGUUUCCCAUAUCCGACUACGGCACGGGCUGCAUCGGUGCCAUCGCGGCCUUGACGGGUUUGUAUCAGCGCACGACACGGGGUGGAUCGUGGCAUGGCAUGGCUUCUCUGUUGCACUACGACCUGCUGCUGUUCAAAGUCGGUCUGCUUCCGCAGGCGGUUCAGGAGGAGCUCCGGAAACAGGCUGGCGCAGACUUUCUCGCGCUGCGUCACGCGCACAGCGUGGACCAAAUCUCGGGCACGGCACUGAGGCGCAUGCGACAGUUGUUCCCAGAGUUUGUGGAUGACGCAAAAUACUUGGAUCACUGGUAUUCAGAGGGGUACAAGGCGAAUGUCUCUGCGGUGCUGCCGGUGAUGGAGAUUGAGGGCUUGGAUAUUAGCUUUCGGAGGGCGAGUCGGCCGAACGGAAGUGACGAGGCGAGCUGGGACGCCGGCGCGGAAAAGGAUCGCCGAAUCGCCGUCAGCUUGCUGGGCGUUGAUGAUGAUGAUUCCGCCCGCAUCGGGAGUGGUCCAGGUGAGGAGGCGACGUCGGUCACGUGCUGA